UCGCAGUAGUUGAGCAGUGGAACCAUCGGGUUAUAGUCAUUGUAGCGUUUGUUCGAAUCGCUUGCCUUCGCAACCACGUGGAAAACAGUACCGCCGGUGCCACCGAAUCGUGUCUCAGGUAUACAAGUUGUGUUUCCAGCGUACCUACACCGCAAGCUACUUAAAAUGUCAUCCAAAGUGAUCUCUUCGUCGUUUAUCCGCCGGCUGCUCGAGGUGAACAACAAGAAGCUGCUCCAGCGUCACUUCGUCUCGACACGCGAUCCCUACUCGGAUCCUCGUGGCUUCACGCUCAGCGACAUGAAGAAAAAUCCUGCUGUUCUACCGCUGGUGAUCAUUAUGGCAACGGCCGUAGUUGGUUGUUCGGGAUUCAUAGUUUAUUGUGGUCGUACCCGCACCGAUGUGAGCCUCAACAAGAAGGUCUUCGAGCAUGAUACAAUGGACGUAAUGGAUCCGAAGCAGCGCAAGAUCCUGGUAUUCAAUCAGAAGUACGGUGCAAUGCCGGAGCUGAACGAAGCGCUCAGCUAUCGCGAGGAUUACGAGAAGCUGCAGUCCGGGGCCGAGAAGUAGAUGACAUUGAUGUGUCGCGACGUUCAACAACACCGCCACACGAUGACGGAACAGGCCGCAGCAUUCAACCAUAUUCCCAUCCGUAGACCACAUAUAUAUACACUUUCGUCACGAUCAAGAGACGAGAGAAGUGUUAUUGUUAGAAAUCGUUCUUGCCAGCCAAACCUGUUAUCGAUGUUUCGCUUACUUGUCGUUCGUUACAGAGGCGGCACUCAGCUCUGGUACGCACAGAGCACCAAGCAAGUUGAACAUCGGAUUAUGC